AUGUCUCGUGUGAGUGCUGGAAGCGCCAUCUCGAUCGUUGAAAACAACGACGAAAUUAUAGCGAUGGAGAAAAGGAUACAAGAUCAAAUGAGAAAAAUCCGCGUCGAACAUUCGCGUAAAAACUGGAAGAAACUGUUCCUCCUCUUUGCCGAGCGCGAUGAAAUGGUGAUGUCGAUCCCUGACUUUUGGUACACCGUCAUCCAAUGCGAAGAGCGAAUCUUGAAGCAUUUCACGGAGCAGGACUUUGAGCUGCUCAACUUCUUCGACGACCUCGAGCUGUCUUAUUUGCAGGAUGAGCACAUCAUCAAAGUUGACUUCAAGUUCCGGAGCAAUACGCAUUUCCAUAAUCACAUCAUCACGAGAAAAUAUUCCCUUUCCUACGGCAAACUGCGCCUCUCUUCGGUCACACCCAUCAGCUGGAAAAAGGGACACGAACCGCCAAAGAAGUCCAGCGAACGAGAAUCGCUCUGUCCGACCAAGCCCCCGCUCAUGUUUUUCGACUGGCUGGCCUCGCUCGAGCCCGUCGACAAGAUGGGAAUUUGGGUGAUUUUGAAAAUGUACCCAAAUGCCUAUAAGAUGUUCGCACGCGCCCAGGACAGUGCGCUCCAUACUGCUUCGAUUCUUUCAGAAGCAAGCAUGAACGACACUUCACACUCGAAGCUUCCUUGUGAGACGAUCACCGAGCAAGCUUGA